UGACGUCAUCCCCCCGGCUCUGCGUGUCAGUUUCACGCUUCUGUCUCGUGAAUGGGUCAAGACUAAACAAACCGAAAGCGGGCUCGGUUUUAAACGGGUUACCCCAUGUCCCUCCGUUUAUUCUGGACUGUCAGAUAACGGACCCGUCUCGAGCAGACAGACCAACAGCUCUCAAAUCUGGGGCUUUGAUCACUGAGUCCUUGGGCAUUUGAAGCAAACCAUUUCUGCUGAACCAGCUGUUUAGAACCAAAGAACAAAUUCUGUAGAAAGUAGAUGAGCAACAGAGCUCGACGUGUUGCUGGUAGCGUCAUGACCCUGAGACCAGCCAAUGGCUGCAGACAGCUGACCUUGACCUUUGGCCUGACCCUGACUCUAGGCCUGCUGCAGUGGCCAGUAGGAGAUGUCAGUGGUCAGGAUGGACCGUCUCCUGCGCAGAUCCUUCAGGAGUUACUGACAAGCUACGGAGACAACACCAGCAUCUCCGUCCCUCAGCUCCGAGCGCUCCUCGUGCGCUUAAACGGAGGCCAGAGCGGAGACCUCCAUGAUGCACAAACACAGCCCACCAAAACCAAUGCAUCUCAGUGCUUGGCUGCAGACACUCUGGCAGCGUAUGGGAUGAGCGAACAGUCCCGUAUAGAUGAACGAGGCCUGCAGGAAAUCUGCCCUACCAUGAUACAGCAGCUGGACUCACAAGCGUGUAAGAUCAAACAGGUCCAAGAGUCAGAGACCAGCCCCAGACCCACUGAUGCUGAGGUGUGGGGGUAUGGGUUCCUGUGUGUGACCGUGAUAUCUCUGUGUUCACUGGUCGGGGCGAGUGUGGUUCCCUUCAUGAGGAAAACCUUUUACAAGCGGUUGCUGCUGUACUUCAUAGCCCUGGCCAUUGGUACUCUGUACUCCAACGCACUCUUUCAACUAAUCCCAGAGGCCUUCGGAUUCAACCCCAUGGAGGAUUAUUAUGUGCCUAAGUCUGCCGUCGUGUUUGGAGGAUUUUACCUGUUCUUCUUUACAGAGAAAGUCCUGAAGAUGAUCUUAAAGCCAAAGGACAGGGAAGGGCAUGGCCACGGCCACAGUCACUUUCCCGCGGAGCGCUAUGCCAGCUCUAAUGGAGAUUUGGAGGAUGGUGUGAUGGAGAAACUGCAGAAUGGAGAGACUGGAGGAGCAUCUGGACCCAGAGCCGAAGCAGAUGUCAGAGGACUCGGAGAAGACGACAAAAUUCUCAGCACUGGCCAGACAGUACAGGACUCUCAGAGCUCGGGUGGAUGUUAUUGGCUGAAGGGCAGGGGUUACUCUGACAUCGGGACUCUGGCGUGGAUGAUCACUCUGAGCGACGGUCUUCAUAAUUUCAUCGAUGGUUUGGCCAUCGGAGCCUCCUUCACUGCGUCUGUGUUUCAGGGCAUCAGUACUUCGGUGGCGAUUCUGUGUGAGGAGUUUCCACACGAGCUCGGUGAUUUUGUAAUCCUGCUAAACGCUGGCAUGAGCAUCCAGCAGGCGCUCUUCUUUAACUUCCUGUCAGCGUGCUGCUGUUAUCUGGGCAUGGGCUUCGGCAUCCUGGCCGGGAACAACUUCUCUCCUAACUGGAUCUUUGCUCUGGCCGGAGGCAUGUUCCUCUACAUCGCGCUGGCUGAUAUGUUUCCGGAGAUGAAUGAGGUGAGUCGUGAGGAAGAGGAGGCCGGAGGAAGUGGCUCUCUGUUAACGUUUGCCAUCCAGAACGCAGGACUGCUCACAGGGUUUGCCAUCAUGCUCGUGCUGACCAUCUACUCUGGACAGAUACAGCUGGGAUAACAGAGGACCUGCACACAAACAAUAUCUCAGCACGCUGACUUGUGCCCAGCUGGACUAGGUCAUGACAUAAAUGGGAUUGUUUUGGCCAUAGUUUGGGCUCAGAGUAAACCCUGGACUGUUAAAAUGAGGCGAGAGUUGUGAACUUUGCUUUAGAUUCGUUUAAAAAUCUGACGUUCUUUUGCCUCGAAGCUUUAGGGCACAGUGACUUUCCCAUUGAUUUUUAAUGUAUUUAAUUUUCAACAAAAAUGACUCUUUCCUUCAGAGACCGUGAGCUUUAGACCGGAUGGGACUCGUUUUACUGACACUUACAUUUUUUAAAUGUAGGUUUUUUCUAUGCUUCAUACCAAAUGUUUGUUUAUUCGAAACAAAAACAUCAUAAAACCAAAAAAGAUAUA